UGCAUUCUACAAGGUGCAUUCUAUAACGUCCGAUUGCUGUCCCGAACAUUUGACGCCUGGAGAUUUAGGAAGAUCAACCGCUUCCCGUCACACACGAAGGAUGUGGUGCGGUAUUUCCGCUCCGCAAGUGACAUCUCACCUUGUGAUUGACAAAGGCGCCCGCCUUGGCGCGGGUCAGAAAUAUGGGCAGCAUCCUGGUUAAAUGCGCGGUGGCGGACAUGGCCAUUCAGUGGGCACUCUGGGCUGUGUCGAGCAUUCUCCAAACCGAAAAGUUUUUUGACUUGGCAGGUUCUGGAACUUUCAUCAUAUUGACCCACCUGAGUUAUAGGUGGAACGGCACGAAUUACCUGAGACAGCGGAUACAGGCGGCAUUGGUCACCACAUGGGGCUUGAGACUGGGCUUGUUUCUCCUCUUAAGAAUGCUAAAGGAAGGCAAGGAUCGACGCUUCAAUCAAGUACGCAACAACCCUAAAACUUUCUUUGUUUAUUGGACUUUUCAAGGUAUAUGGAUCUUUCUCACACUCCUCCCAACGCUAAUUUUAAACACUCAGGAAAGGGAUACGCCUUUGUGUGCCCGAGACUUCACUGGAUGGGUAAUCUGGACAUUGGGCUUUGUUCUGGAAGCAGUUGCAGACCACCAGAAGUGGAAAUUCAAAAGUAAUGUUAAAAAUGCUCACAAAUUCAUUCAAAAAGGACUUUGGGCUUUUAGUCGACAUCCAAACUACUUGGGCGAAAUGCUUCAGUGGACCGGCUUGUUCAUCUCUGCAUCUACUGUAAUGACGGGAAUAGAGUACAUCAGCAUCUUCUCGCCCGUAUUUCUAUGGUUCUUACUAACCCAUGUCAGUGGAAUUCCAAUGCUGGAAAAGCAUGCCAUGAAGAAGUGGGGACAGGAUCCUGCUUACCUUGAAUACGUCAGACGUACUCCAGCACUGUGGCCGUUCAGAUUUUAAUGCAAGCUUCCUUCACUGUCUGCUACCCAUAUUCAUUUUGUAGAUCUUUGGGUUAGAACAGGCAGUCAAUGGGUUUCUUGCUCAACAGACUGGCUUUUUAAAGCAAACGUUCCAAAAAUUCAACUCGUGCUGACCCCAAUCUUCACAACUGAUGACAAGAGUGUCUUCAGAUUUUUAUGUAAUUAGCUUGUUUUAGAAACCCGAUGUGGAGCAAAGCAGUUAUUGAGAACACGGGUGGGGUGUGGUGAAGAAGCAUUUUGUCCCUUUUCCUCAGAGAGCGGUUUUGGGCCAAAAUGUCACUUGAACAAAAAACAAAAAAAAAAGUUAAUCGUUCUCAAUGUCACCUAUUUAGGAAAAAAGUGACUAAUUCUUGCAACGAAUGGUAUAUAACUUUUCAUCCUCGGUGACAACUUAAUUAUUUUUGCAAACACUCAGGAGAGAGGACGACAAUGAAUAAACAACUCCCACAAAUCUCAAGGAGUACAUUUUAAAAGGACCAAUUUAAGGAAUUAGUAAGCUUUGCAGUUUGUUUCUCGAAGCAUGCUACUUAUGUUUACUUUUUUUUGGCAAAUAGCCUCAGGAUGAAAUAUUUGUUACACCUGCACAACAGCACAAUUUACGCAAGGUCUAUGGAACAGAUCAUGCAGAUUGUCCGAAAGACAUUGUUUGAAGUUCAACUGUUCAAGAAAAUAAAUUCUGGACUUUUACACUUAAA